GCAUAUCCUCAAUUAUCCAUUUAGUGCCUAUGGAAUAUCCUAAUUUGAGUUAAAAUGGCAAACAGUGGCUCUUGUGCAGGUAGUGAAGAGCGGACGAUGGAAGGGAAAGUUUCUCUGGAUGAUAAAAAAGACUUUUCGUCGGCAGAGUCGGAUGCUGAUUUGUAUAUUGAAAAUGAAUCUGAAUUGAAGGAUCUGUGUAUAAAGAACAUGGCAUUUGGGAACAAAUUGACCCCAAAUGAUAUACACAUUACACGUCUAGGACAUGCUAUGACUAAUCAUGUAUACAAGGUCAAAAUCGCAAGAUGUGAUCCCUCCAUGCCACUAAACUUGAUACUGAAGAUAUCCACUCCGUAUACUUCUACCAUAUAUGACAAAGGUCUGCAGGAUGAAGUCUCAGAGGUACUGGGAAGUGCUCGCUGUGGCCCUAGGAUUUUAUCAAAUUUCAGCUGUGGAAUGAUUCAAGAAUAUAUAGAUGGGCACCCGUUGGACUUUGAUCUGUGUUUGAACAUCUCUACCCUCACUUCUAUAGCAUCCGAAGUGGGCAAAUUUCAUAGGAGAGCUACUGCGGCUGCACCUUCUCAUUGGAAUAGGACACCAAUUCUCUGGAGAAAAAUAGAUGGCUGGAUUCCAAUUGCAAGGCGUAUGGUUUCGGAUAACUCUCUAGAUAUCGACAUCGAAGGGAUCGCUGAGUGUUGUAAUUCGUUCCGUAAAAUUUUGGAUAAUCACAUCAAAUUAUCCAAUUCACCCUCAAAUACAAUUCUGUUUUGUCAUAAUGACCUAUGUGGUAAAAAUAUCAUAAGAACUGCCCACGGAAUUCGCCUAAUAGAUUUUGACUAUUCCGGUUUCAACUAUGCUGGUUCUGACAUCGCAAAAUUUUUCUCUGAAAUAUCCACACGGUAUCAUGGUGUGUAUCCAUAUGUAUCUAUCUAUGACUCACUUGAUGUUGAUCAUGAAAUAAAAGUUAUGUUUAUAAGUAUUUAUCUUUCUGAAGUUCUGGGAAAAAAUGUACCUCCAUCAGACAAACUUGUUGAGGAAUUUAUAACAUCCUUGCAAAUACACAUCCUUGGUAUAACACUUUUUUGGUGUCUAUGGGGAAUUACAAUGGCCGAGAGACCUGAAUCUGAAUUAUCUGUUGAGAAGGACGCUUUCCUACAUUGUGCAAGAUACAGGUACAAGUAUUACAAGGACAACGCUCGGAAGCUUUUAGAAGCUGGGAUUAUACCCGGAAGUCUGGAAAACCAAUGA